AUGACAUAUCAGAAGGGUCAUACGGGUCGUCCUCAACGUAGAACAUGGGAGAAUCAGACAUUUAUCAAAAGCGAGCAUGAUCUCGUCAACCAGCCAGAUCUUGUACCAACCGUUCCUAGCGAAGAUGUAUGUUUUCUGUGGAUCAACUUUCAAAGACAAUCUCCAUGUCCAAUUGGCGCGGUUCCACGACGGUCACGAGAUUCUCGUGAGUCAUACGAUGUUACUAAUCCAGAACAUGCACCGACUCUUUCACAACCAUCACCUCCCCGUGAUCCAGCUAAUCAUACGAAUGGAACGAGCUCUGAUACGAGCAGAAGUGCGGCACCCUCUGGUCCAGCGUUUGUGGUUAGCGACGAUCAAGCAGCCGAGGAUUUCGAUAAAAUUGCGGAACAGCGUCGACAGGCCAAGCGUGCUGCUCUUCUAGCUAAGACCAUGAAGCGCAAAGAAGAAAUUGAAAAUAAGGUCGAUCAAAUCGAGCAAAGGAAUGCCGAAAAGCGAAUGGCUGAAUUGGCCAAACGUGAAAUGGCAGAACAGCGAAAGUUGGAAAAAGAGCUUCAGCGUCAGAAGAUUUUGGAUGACUAUAAACGACGAAAAAUGGAGAAAGAGCUUGGUUUGGAAUCGGGAUCGAAUUCUGCUCGUGGGGCAUCUGGUCGUGGCCAUUCUCAACCGCCAUUUGUACGAACCAAAUCUCAGAUGUCUGAAUCAGCACUGGGUGCUGAGGGAAAUGACAAAGGACGUCUUCCUCGUGCUCGUGGACAGUCCACUGUAGAACAAAGAAUCUCUGUACAAAGUCUGCAAGAGCCAACCCAUAAAUUAUUUGCAAGAGCUACUCCAAAAUCAAAUCGUGGAUUAAUCAUCAAUGCGUUGCAGUAUAGUGUUUUCCCUGGAGCUGUCAACGAUACGACAAGAAUGAAGACGAUGAACGAUUUGGCCGCGUCAGAUGCGAAACAUUUCUUGGUCCUGUUCCGUGACUACAAAUGCCAGUACAGAGGCCUUUACAGCUGGGAUCAGGUAUCAGAUACGGCUAUCAAGAUAUCGGGACAGGGCCCAACCAAGUGCGCCGAGAGUAUCAUGAAGCUGAUGUUCAAGUAA